ACCAAUUUGAAGGGUUAUAAACUUCAGUCAGUUUUUUUUUUUGUGAAAGCGAUUCAAUUCGAUACUGCCAGUAGUAACGCAAGCAUAGCCAGAGAAGAAAAUAAAUUUCUUUUACAAGGCGCUUACGAAAAAUUUGUCACCAUUCCUCAUUCAACGUUUGUAGAUCAUUUUUCACAGUCUUACGACAGUUCACGACAACGUUGGUUUGCAUCCAACGAACAAAAAGCAGACAUCAUAGCUAACGACAGGAACGCUACAACAACCAUCAUUGAGGGAAGCAGUGGCACCGGUGAUACUAGCAUCGGCGGUAGCGGUUUGAAAAUUGCAAUAACGGCUCACCAUAAUAGUACUGAACAUUUAAGUAAUACUUGUAAUAACAGAGGAGGAGGAGGCGGCGGCGGCGCUAGAGUCAGCUGCGGUGGCCAAUCCCCACCAACACCAACUUUAGGUAAAACUUUAUUGAAUACCAGUGGAAAUUUAUUGCCAAUAACAACUGCUUCUGAUACGUUUAAUAAUUUGAAAAAUCUUGUAAAAAUUGAUAAAGCUGCACCAGCCGCUAACAACGUUAGUAGUAGUUAUCGUCCGAAAGCGAAUAGUGGUUAUAAGAACGGUGUUAACCAUAUUGGUUCACCUAAAUCAAGCGAAGGUAGGCUUGUAUCAAACGGUCAAAUCGUUGGUAAAUCUGGAGCUCGUGGCGCUUCGGCUCACUUCUCUACUGGUUUUAAUAAGAAUUCCGCCAAAAUUCGUCAACACGAUUCUGAAGUAAGCCCACGGCCUCGACGAUCUUACCAGAGUGAUUCGUCGUCGCCGCGUUACUAUAACAAAAAUAGUGACAAUUUGGGUCAAGUCGGCCAAACUGGAGGUUCUGGCGUUUCAUAUAAUAACACUGGACGAUCUCUGAUUAGUGAGUCUAGUGGACGUUCUGUACCGAAUUCAGACGGCAGACGCAAUUAUCAAAACAAUGAUGGCGGUUAUAACCGCAAUGUAAACUCAAUUAAUGGAGGUGGUUAUCGCCAACAAAACUCUCGCUUUGAAAACGGAAAUGGAAAUCAUGGACAACAGCGGCAAUAUUCCGCAAACGCUGGAUACAAUCAUUACAAUAAUAAGUCAUAUAAUUCCCGAGGUUCAAAUGAAAAUAAUGUAAACUUACGCUCAUCUCAACGAGAAGACUACGGUAACAAUUAUCGCGAUUACGAAGAUACUGGACGUUCACGUUAUACUGGUAAUAAUAACAAUAAUAAUACUGACAGCUUAGAACGCACUAAGAACGGCAGAUAUAAGCCAACGGAGUCAGGCGGCUCCUCACUGCCUCCAUCAGCCUUACGUCAAGGUAGUGGAUUUGAUAGCUACGAUCGCACAUCAAUUGAUAAUAGAAAUCAAAAUAAUCGUACACCACCAAUACGUUCAGGAAAUGCUGUAAAUUCUGCGCCAUCGUCUAAUUCAACAUCUUCAUCAUCACGUGGAAUAUCGCCAAAUUAUUUAAAUACAGCACAACAGCCAGCAAAGGCUCCUACACCACCGCCCCCGUCCACUGGACGUUGGGUGCCACCAUCAUUACGCCCACAACAUGGACUAACGCAAACUGAGAAAAAUGACGUCGUCUUCAGAAAGGUUCGUGGUAUCCUUAACAAAUUAACUCCAGAAAAAUUCCAAGAACUUAGUGAUGAAUUAUUGAAACUUGAUUUGAAUACAUUUGUAAUUUUAAAGGGAGUAAUUUUAUUGAUAUUUGAUAAAGCUUUGGAUGAGCCCAAAUACUCGUCUAUGUAUGCACAGCUUUGCAAGCGUCUAUCAGAAGAAGCAUUAUCAUUUGAAAAGGAUCCAAAUAGUUCAAAUUCUUUCUUGCAAUUAUUAAUUGCAGUCUGUCGGGAUAAAUUUAAUAAUCGCCUUAAACGUGAUACCAUUGAUAUCGAUGCUAAUCAAUUUAAUAGUAUUAAUAAAUCACAAUCGAGCGACGAGAAUGAUGCUGACGAAGAAGAACGCCGCCAUUUGGCAAAACAGAGGAUGUUGGGUAAUGUCAAGUUCAUUGGGGAACUUAAUAAAUUGGAUAUGUUAUCAAAGAAUGUUUUGCAUCAGUGUAUUAUGGAAUUAUUGGACAAAAAGAAGAAACGUACGGCAACACCACAGGAAAUGUGUGAAGAUAUGGAAUGCCUGGCGCAAUUGCUUAAAACUUGUGGCAAGAACUUGGAUUCAGAACAGGGCAAAGAGCUGAUGAACCAUUGCUUUGAGAAAUUGGAACGUCGAUCAAAGUCUACUGACUUUCCACCCAGAAUACGCUUCAUGCUCAAAGAUGUAAUUGAAUUGCGUGAAAACAAUUGGGUUCCCCGCAAAAUAGCAACCACAGAAGGUCCUGUACCAAUUAAACAAAUUCGUACCGAUGAUGAUGCGAUUAUACGUACACCUUUCGUAAAUCGAAAUCGGGAUAUGCGCAACGAUCGUGACAGUGACAGCUGGAUGAAUAGAUUCCAUUUGAAUUUGCAACCUGGAUUUAAUGACAUGUUUGGUAGUCUUAGUGUAACCGGAAGCUCUCCAAUGAUGUCACCAUUUGCUAAUAAUACAUCAAACAGACAAUACAAUAACCGGGAAAGAAAUAACCAAGGUAAUAACUAUAACAACCGGUUUAAUAAACAUAACAAUCAAAAUGUAUUGAACAAUAAUCAUCGUGACGAUAUGCGUAAUGGUCAGCAAAAUAAUCGCGAACAAAUGAAUACACAAUAUGGUUCUGGUCAAAUAAAUAGCAAAGAAAUCGCACCACGUUUCAAGCGUAAUCUCAUGUCUACCAAUCAAGAUGCAGUAGAAAAUUUGCAAAUGAGGCCAGCUGCAAAUUCGCUUUUAUUUAAGGCAGCUUCCCAAAACCAAAAGCUACCUGCCAUGUUGCCCAUUUCUACGCCACUAAGCAUCGGAAGUGCUUCCAAUACACAUAGUGCUAACAAAGAAACGCAAUUGUCCAAUGCACAGUAUCCAAUGUUAGGUACACCAACAUCGCACCUAAUGAAUCCUGCACGGCCAUCUUCAACGCCGUCCGCAGAAUAUGACAACAGAAGUAUGCAAUCAAAUAUGACACCAUAUAAUUACGAAAAGGGACUAAAGUCUACGUCCUCGUCACCAAACUUUGUGGCAUCUUUAGUUAAUAGUGACAAAGUGAAUAGCAGUGACAACACCGUUGAAAACCAUAUAAUGAAUGAUAAAAAAUCAGCUGCUUCAUCAACAGAACAAUUAGUUACUAAGCAAGGUUCAGUUGAGAGGCAAGGGGCAGGUGCUAAUAAUUCUGCUAAGCAGCAAAAGAAAGACAAAGCUUUUAACAAGGAUGAGGUGCUAAAGAAAACUACAAGUUUCAUGAAGGAAAAAUUCUUUUAUGAAGUAGAUAGUAGUGAAGAAGACAGUAAUGAAGACGAUACUCAGAAUAACGAAUAUGGCAAACAAUUAAGCGAGGUAAUCGAUGAAUUUGUUGAGUUGAAGAUACCAGAAAAAUGUUUAAAAGAUAUUUGCAUUAAUUUAAUAAUGGAUGUAUUGGAUAAAGCCGAUGAAAAAUUUUUGGACCGUGUUGUGUUAUUCUUGAAAGCAUUGCGUAAACAAUAUAAAAUCAAACCAAAUGUGUUUAAUGAAAUCUUCAAGCAAAUAACGAAUAAAAUGAAUGAACGCGAAGCUUUAAAUCCACGAAUCACAACAUUUGUUGCAUAUUUGCUAUGCAAAGCAGUUGGAGAUGUUGGCCUAAUAAAACUAAACGAAAUAUCAAAUUACACUGACAAUGGUCAACACUAUCCACUCUUCCUUUUAGUCUUGCAACAAUUGCAUAGAUCAAUUGGAAAAGACUUACUUGAGGAGAAAUUCCGUAAUAGUAAAAUUGAACUAAUGAACAGUUUGCCUGAAGCAGACAGAAAUAAGGCACGUCUAGCCGAAAUCUUAGAUGAUCGCAAUUUAGCUUUUCUUUAUCCAUUGCUUAAGGUACAAGCUGAAAUGAUAAAACAAUUGAAUUCAGAUGGUAAUCCAGCUGCAUUUUACAAAUGGAUUAAAGCAAAUGUUGAUCUAAAACACCAUAAAGAACCAGGCUUUAUUAACGCACUUAUGACUGUUAUACUAAAACAUGUAACACAGGAAACAAGCUUAGCUGAGGAUACUGACAUCAAAAAGCUUCCAGAUAAGUCAGUUAUUGAAAAGGAGGAAAAUUUAUUGCUUAAAUAUUGUCAAGUAUUGUGCACAUUCCUAAAUGGAAAUGUAGAUUUGCAAUUGGUCGCUGUAUACGCACUACAAGUAUUUUGCUACAACGAAAACUUUCCAAAAGGAAUGCUGUGCCGUUGGUUCAAAUAUUUAUAUGAAGCUGAAGUUAUAGAGGAAGAGCCAUUCAUAACAUGGAAGGAUGAAAUAUCUGAUACCUAUCCAGGCAAAGGAACAGCUCUAUUCCAAGUAAAUACUUGGUUGACAUGGUUACAAGAAGCAGAAUCGGAGGAUGAUGACGAUUAAACUCAACCGCAUUCUGCAAAAUUAAAGAAUCUUCAAUAGAUUUAUUUACUAUAAGGCUCUUCGAAAAACAAAAAAAAAUAUAUAUAUAUAAAAUAAUAUAAAGAAAAAUGGUAUACAUAAAAAUCAACUAAUGGAACGUAUCAGCUCAACUUUACACAACAAUUGUUUUCAACUUUUGUUCUGUGUAAACGUAGACAUCUAAAAAUAUUUGCUUUAAGUCAAUUGCCAAGUGCAAAGCAAAUGCUGUUUUUAAAUAAAAUAAUUUCAAUAAAUGAAAAUAAAACCAAACAAAAAAAAAAAAAAGGAAUCGUAUGACAACAAAUUAUCUCCAUGUAUUAAAAAUUUGUAG